CUCUAUGAUCAAAUUAUGAAAAUAGACACCAAGUUAUUAUUCGACUCUCUUUUCAUGACACAAAUAAGAAGUCAACGCUCAUGCAAAACAAGUGAAACCCCAAAAUCAUAUUAAAAUUAACAAAACAAACCUAUUUCCUCUCUUCCCAUUCAAAGCGUGUCUUCUCCCUCCCAACAUUCAAAAUCUGUAAAAAUAUCAUAGGUUGGCAAUCCUCCUUUUUCAUCAAUGGAUCCUCUCCGUUUCCGCUGCCUCCAGCACCCAAUUCCAACUCCGAUAAUAUCCUUCAUGUUUCUGCCACCAUUUCCAACACCCAGUCCCUGUUCUCUGAUCGGCCUCGGCGGCGGCAAGCUCUCCUUCCCCUCGCAGAUCAACGCCACCCCACCUCCUUCUCCUACUGCCUCGUCGACCGUGACUCCGCCUCCGCCUCCACGUUCUACUACGUGGAUCUGUCCGGAAUCAGCGUCUCCGGCGAGAUGCUGCCGAUCUCUCCGUCGACGUUCAAGCUGAACGUCGACAGCGGCGAGGGCGGCGUGAUUGUGGACUCCGGCACGGCUGUGACGAGGCUGCAGGAGGAGGCGUACGACGCGAUGCGAGAGGCGUUUAGGAAGGGGACGGCGGACCUGCUGGAGGCGGACGGAGUGGCGCUGUUCGACACGUGCUACGAUCUGAGCUCGAGGACGAGCGUGGAGGUGCCGACGGUGUCGUUUCAUUUCUCGAACGGGAAGGAGCUGGAUUUACCGGCGAAGAACUACAUGAUUCCGGUGGACUCAGCAGGGACAUUCUGCUUCGCCUUCGCAGCGACGUCGUCUGGGCUUGGGAUUAUUGGGAAUGUUCAGCUUCAGCAGCAGGUGACACGUGUCACUUAUGAUCUCGCUAAUUCUCUCAUUGGAUUCUCUUCCAAUAAUUAAUUGCUAACCAAAAAAAUUUACUAGUACUACCACUAGACCCGUGAUUUGUGAGUGUGUAGACCGGGCCUUAACAACUCUAAGUCCAUUGUUUGGGCCCAUAUAGAGGCUGUGUGUAAAUUGUGUAGUACGGAUUAAUUAUCUCAAUAUAUAGUGUUCUUGUCAACUGUGGACUAACCCACCGGGCUAGCCCAAAACCGAAUGUUUUUGUUUUGGUUUGUAAAUUUUUUAACCUGUUAAAAUUUCAGCUCGAUUUGCUUGUAUCAGAGUAGAGUUGACCGAAAUCUACUAGACUGACUCGAUUGACAUCCAUACUACCACUUAUAGUUGCCUCUGAAUUUUGGGUAUAUU